AAAAAUUGUAUUCAUGGAUCUGUUUUUGAAAUAAGAAGAUUUUUUUAAUUGCAAUCAAUCAUGAUUGAAUCUCGAAACUGCUGCGUCCAAACGCAUGCACAGUCUGCUUUGAAUGUUAUGAAUGAACUAAGAGUCAAAGAACACUUGUGUGACAUUGUUUUGCGAGUUGAUGGUGCCAAAUAUCAUGCACACAAAGUCGUCCUGGCAGGUUGCAGUCCAUAUCUCCGAGCAAUGUUUACCAACGGAAUGCUGGAAACAGAUCAGUCGCUAGUAGAAAUUCAUGGAAUUGAUGCCAGGACUAUGAAUCUUUUACUAGAGUUUAUGUACACUGGACUAUUAGAAAUUAAUAUAGAAAAUGUUCAAAAUAUUUUACAAGGCGCCAGUCUUCUUGGCUUAGCAGCAUUAAGAAGCAACUGUUCCCAGUUCUUAGAAAAUCAGCUGGCAUCUUCAAAUUGUUUAGGUAUUCACCAUUUUGCCGAUAUGUAUGGUCUUACAGAAUUAGCAUCCUAUGCAAGACAAUUUAUGUUUCAAAACUUUCUGGAUGUUGUCAGAUCUGAAGAAUUUUAUGAACUAAGUCAAGAGCGACUAUUGAAUUUACUAAACAGUGACAAAUUACGGGUCAUCAGUGAACACCAAGUUUUUGAUGCUGCGUGUGCAUGGAUACAAUAUGACCCUGCAAAUAGGUCACACUUUGCAUGUGCAGUGUUAAAAAAUAUUCGAUUGGCUCUUUUAGACUUGUCUUAUUUGGAAAAUGUUGUACUAAAAUCAGAAUACUUUCAUACAUGUGCCAAGUGUCAAUUAGUGAUCAGUAAAGCCAUACGGACACAACAAGACAAUGUUGCUAUGGAGAUGAUUACACCCAGAGCACAACCUCCUUGUAUAUACGUGGUUGGGGGGCGUAACUCGACUGAUUGUCAACUGAAUAGUAUGGAAAGAUAUGAUUUUGUGACAGAUAGUUGGGUUGUGAAUCCUACAAGUAGUAUGAAUAUAGCUAGAACAGCUGUAGGUGCUACAUCUUUAGAUGGUUUACUGUAUGCUGUAGGGGGUGAAUGUGCAUUGCUGGAAACACAAGAAGAUACACUUUAUCUUCGUUGUGUAGAAUGCUACGAUCCAGUCUUAAAACAGUGGAUACCAAAAACUGAAAUGAAAGUGGCAAGAUCAUUUGUUGCGGUAGCAGCAGCAAGAGGCUGUGUGUAUGCAAUAGGUGGUGAAGACAGGUCCUGUAGUUAUAAUAUUGUAGAAAAAUACGACCCGAAAACAGAAGCAUGGAGUUUUGCACCAAAUAUUAAAAGAAAACGUGGCGGAGCGGGCGUGGCUGUUUGUGACGGAAAAAUUUAUGUGGCAGGUGGUUUUGAUAAAAUACUUCACAUGGAUCGAGCCAGUGUAGAAUGUUACGAUCCCGAUACACAGGAAUGGACAUUUGUAGCAGAAAUGGAGAAAGGGCGGUCAGGAUUAGCCUUAGUAACUUGUGAUCAAUUUAUUUACGCAAUCGGUGGUCGGUUUCGUCAUUUAGAUCAAUAUUUUGAUUUAGUAGAAAGAUUUAACACAGUAACUAAGCAAUGGACCACUAUUACACCUAUGAAUACAGCUAGGGCAUGGCCAGGUGUUGCAUUAUUUGAUGGACAGAUUUAUGUGCUGGGUGGGUUUGACGGUCAAAGUCGUUUGAGAAGUGCAGAAGUUUAUAACCCAGAAACGGACCAAUGGUUAGCCAUCAAAGAUAUGAAUGUUCAUAGAGCAGGUUGUGGGGCAGGGGUUGUAUGAAUAUAUCUUCUUAAAUAAAUUCAUGAAUCGCUGAGUAACGAGGUUCGAAAUGAAUAUUUACAAGAAGUCAUGCUGUAAUGAGGUACAAAAUGGAUAUUUAUGAGGACUCAUGAUAGUAAUGAUAUAAAGAGUAAAGAUGGAUGCUGCUGAAAAGUGAAGAGAAUAUGAGUGGAAAUGAUUUGAUAGUUAGCAAUGUGUAUUAAAUUAAAUGUUGAAUUUUUUAACAGAGAAAUUUAUCUUCUAAAUGGAGAAGAAGAAAUAUGAUUGGAAGGAGGUUGGGUGAUAUUAAUAUUGAUAUGGGUUGACUAUAAGCAUAUGAAGUAGAAAAUAAUUAAUUAAUGUUGAUAAACAGUCUACUUACUUUACUGAUAUAUUAUUUUCCAUAAAGCUGGACCAAAGGCUAUUAAUUUCUUAAUUGCGUAUCGCCCUGCUUAUAGUCAAAGUGUUGAGGAAAUGGAAAGUAUAUACCAAGUCCCAUCACUCUUACUCAAUUAGAACCGAAUUAUCGUAUUCCAACGUAUCAACAAAUCAGGCAGGCAGGUGGACGAACCCAUUUUAAUAGCAGGGGACAAAGAUUACGCCUUUAUUUGACAAGGAAAUUAAAGUUACACGAUUGUACAGUGAUGAAGGACCCAAUCAAAUGUAUAAUAUCGGUACCAGAUUUUGAAAGUGCAAGUAGAUCUGUUGAAAAUUUAUCUUGUACUAAAAUGAGCUAUAACUGCUAGUACUGUAUACAAACAUGUACUGUUGUUAAUUCUGUCAAAUCACAAGUAAAUUUGAUUUUCUUCUCAAUGUACAUGUACUGACAAAUUAAAUUUGUUUGUACUUGUUCAUAUGCUCAUAUUAAGUUUUUGAAGAACUUGAUGCAUCAUUUAACACUAGAGGAAUCCAUUAUGAUAGUUUGAUCUCAAAUAGGAAUAUCAAUUCAGAAAUGGUUCAUUUCUAUUCAGUAUUUACGAAUUUACGAAAAAUUUGAAUUUCGUCGAUCUUUGCUCUUCGCUAUGUAUGAAGACGCCACCAUAUUUUAUUGGUAGCGAAGAAACCUGAUGAGCUUAGUUUAAUUAGUUUAAAUCUGAUUGAAUCUAGCCUUGGUAUUUUGGUUUGGUGUUCUUAAUUAAAUGUUAAAUAAUCAAUCAGAGUAAUUUUACCAUGGCUUAAACGGUGAGAAAUUUGAUAUUUUAGUGAAAUUGCAAAUGACGCAUCAAGCCUUCAAUGUCAAAGUGCCAAUAUAUGUACUGAAAUGUUAAGUUUACUAGUACCUGUACUGAAAGUACUGAAAUAUGAAAUGAAAGUACUGAAAUGUUAAAUUUGUUAGGUUCAUUUGUGGUAAGCUAAAAUGUAGGAAUAUCUAACAAACUCAUAUUUGCCUUAUAUUAUAAUUAUUUAAAUAUGCAUGAGGCUUAUUUUUAUUCAUAAUAUGCUAAUGAAUAUGCAUAAAUUUACUAUUUUCUAGUGCAAUUAUUAAUAUAUUUAGUUUUGUUAUGAAUUAUUAAAUAUUCUAGUCGUGAUUGAUUGAUUGGUGAACAAGGUCCAAGAUAUUUAUCUAAUUUAAUGGACAAAUUUUGGGCUUAUUUCACUUAAGACCAUAAACAUAGUUGCAUUAAACCACACUCAGGGUGUUGGAAAUCAUAUGAAUGGAUGGGGACCAAGAGUUACAAAUAACAGGGGUUUAAAAUAAAGGAGAAUCACAAUCGCGAAUUAAUUGUGUCUUCUUUUUUUCUUUAUAUACAAGUGUUCUUUAAUAUUUAAAUGAUAUUAAUGUCUUCCAUUCAGCAGCACUAUUUUUCAAUAUUUAUCUGAGAUUAGAAAGUUACACAUGGCAUGUUGAAUUUCGAAAUGAAUAUCAGUGGUUUAAGAAUUUUAAAUUUUCUUAUGGGCUGAAUUCUUUUGAAAUUAUUAAUGUAUGACGAAAGUUUUGGCAUAAUACAAUAUUGUCUCAAGUGUGAACCAUACAAGUGGAUUUUAUAGCUUCAUUAUAUUUUAAAUUUCAAAUGUAAACUUUCCAACUUUUUUUAUAAUUUUUGAAAUAUUUGUAAAGACAAAAUUAAGUUCUCUCAUUCAUUCUUCUUUAUUGUUCUUCUUUCUUCUUCUUACAUUUCUUAUUUAAUGUAAAUCUUUAAGAAUUUCCAAAAUUGAUAGAAAAGGAGAUCAUUUACUUUAUGUUGGAUGUAAUUUGCUCCAUCUCAUUGUGCUUUGAAUAUUUUGAGUCCAGUUUGGUCGGUUAGAUCCAUUGCUCAAGACAACGAUUUACCGAGUUCAUUUGCUGAUGAGAGGUCAGGUCAGUUUAGGUCAGGUCAAUUGACCACUCAUAAGUUGAAGAUGCCCUUAGACUGUAACAUUGCUAAAAUAAAACAGUUAUAUGCUUUAUAACUAUAAGAGAAUACUUAUCAAAACAUUGUGCCUGUGUAUAAUAAACCAGUGAUUGUUGUCCCAUAUACUGUUUUAGUUUUCACAUGUUUCCAACCGCUAAAUGCCACUAAAGGAUUAUAUAAUAUUGCUUUUUUUUUUCUAACACUAUUCAAUAAAUAUUUACAUAUUAUAAUAAAGUACACUAUAUAAUUAUGGGAUUUGAAAACUAGCCAGAGCUUAUAUAAAUUCAUCUCCUAUUCAUCUAACAUUGCUGUUGUUUUGAAGGUCUUAACAGACUGACAGUGAGAUUGACCUGCUUGAGAAUUAUCCUGUUGUUCAAUUUACCUGACUAAUAUUAGGUAUUUUAAAAAGUACUGUUAAAUUUAUAGUUUUUAUUAAAAAUAAUCCAAAAAGUUUCAAAUUCUUUGGGGGGAAAAAUCUAUGAGAUAAACAAAUCGUGCCAAAUAAAAUGACUGACUGCAGUGACUGGCAACAUUUUGAAACCAAUAUGAAUUUAAGUUAUUCGGGAACACAUAUUAAAAGGCAUUAUGAGGAUUCAAAUUUUUACAGUGGAAAAGAAAUGUUGACAGCUUAAAAAAAGAACAGAAAAGACUGAAAGUACCAUCUAAUUUUAAUUAUAAUAUACUGAAAAUUUGCAUUGUAUAAGUACAUGUAAUAAUUAUUUGUUAUUAUUUUCGGCAGUUAAAGAGGCAUUAUCAUUCUCACCAAGAAAAUAAAUGUGUUUAAUUUUCGAAUAUCAUAUUCAAAAUAACCUUAGACUUAUCUAAUUAUUGAAAUAAAAGCUUACGACUGGUCUUAGAGUAAAGUAUUUUUUCCCAAGCAUUGAUUAAACGUAUUUAAAACCACAAAAAUAUUUGUAGGACUCAUAAAUUGAUAUCUGAAAACCUUUAUAUCUUGGCAAUGGCUUGGCAUAAUUGUCUCAAAUUUUCCAUACAAAAUUCAAUUUGAUAGUCAAAUUGGAAAUCACUAAUGCCUCUUUAAACCGGAUAUUUUUAUUUUAGGAGGUAACAUAUCAAAGGGUUAAUAUGUGAUUUAUAGAUGUGUGAUAACAUUGUUUAUUAUACCUUGGUUAAUUUGCUUUGAUUGAUUGCUAGGGGAGCUGCUGUAAAGAAAUGUUUGGCAGAUUUGAGAUUUAAAAAAAAAAAUGUAAGUUUAUUAAUUGGAUUAAAGCAUUUAUGCUUUUAAGAACCCUGACUCAUUGCCACACACUUAGUUUGCAUAUCGUGCAUAUUGCAGGUUUUGCCCCCAGACUCAUUGACCUUUGCUUGGGGAAGCUACCGUUUAUUGCAUCUUCUCCAAUUAUCAACCCAAGUUUAUCAAGGUAAAAAAUGAGGAUUGUGUUUCACUUGAUAAUAUGAAUAUUAUUGUUUGAUAUUACAAUGAAUUUCAUAUAUCAUGUAUUUUAUUAUGAUAUUUAUUAUUUUUUUUAUCAUCAACUAUUAUAGUUUUUUUUUUUUUUGGUGUAAUUUAUGUGUUAGAAUUGUUAUGUGUGAGGACACAGGGAUAUCCUACUUAUUUUCUUAUGUUAAAAUUUGAGUGCAUUAUAAAACUUUCAUUGUCUUACAUCUAAGAUAAUAAACAAAUUUACAAUUGGCUUAUUAUAUUUCUUUUAAGAU